ACCACAAGUGCCCCCAAUAAUACGACCUGUCCUGCAAACGAAGAGUUCAAAGAGUGUGGCACGGCAUGCGAACCGUCAUGUCGCAAUCCCAAGCCGGAAAUCUGCACUGAACAAUGCGUCCGAGGAUGUCAAUGUAAAUCGGGAUUCUAUCGUAACGAUGAAAAUGUCUGCGUGUCUAACUGCUCUGGAGGAGGUGGCUGUGGUGUGAACGAGGAGCGAAAACAGUGUGGCACCGCUUGCGAACCAACUUGCUCACAACCUAAUCCAACCACGGCUCUAUAUCCGCGAUUCGAAGAAUGUCUGUCGUUCCAGUGGCCAGUUGCCCCACAGCCUUUGCAUGACAGCAUUUCAGAUCCAGUCAGACCGUGCUCGGAGUUAAACUGCCCCAGGGGAACUCGCUGUGAAUUGGGCCGAGUGAUUUGUCCAUUUGUGCCGCCGUGCUUUACACAACAAACUCGGUGCGUGCCUGCUGGGCCAGAUUCUUAUCGAACAUCACCAGCAGGUCCCCGUUGUUUUGCGCAUUGGCAAACGUCACUUCUU